AUGGAGGAGCCGGCGCCCAAGACACCGACCGAUGACCCCAGCCAGGAGCGCUGGUACUCUACGCUCCUCCAGAUCGGCAUCCCGUUCUUCCUCGCCGGACUGGGGACCAUUACGGCGGGACUGAUGCUGGGCAACGUGCAGGACUGGACGGUGUACCGCCAGGUGAACGAGCUCUUCGUCCUCGUCUCGGUGCUGUGCGGCCUGAAGGGGAACCUGGACAUGUGCGUGGCCUCGCGAAUCUGCACCCACUCCAACCUGGGCCACCUCUCGAGCAGGAAAGCCGUCCUGCAGAUCGUCGUCGGCAACAUGGCGCUGGUGCAGCUGCAGGCCAUCGUGUGCGCCGUGCUGCUGAGCUCCCUCACGGUGGGGAUCAGUGCCCUGGUCAACCGCGAGUUCUCCCUCAAACACUACUUCGUCCUCACUGCGGCUGCCCUGAUCACCUCGAGCUCCUCCUGCUUCUUCCUGGACUCCAUUGUGAUGGUGGUGGUCCUGUUCUCGCAGCGUUACAGCUUCAACCCGGACUACAUGGCCAUUCCGCUGGUGGCCUCCAUCGGCGACAUGGUGACCAUCAGCCUGCUCUCCUACAGCGCCGCCACGCUGUACGACCUGUGCAGAGACUACUGGUGGCUCUGCGUCUGUCUGGCGGUUGGCUACCUGGUGGUCAUGCUGCUCGUCUGGCUGGUGGUGGUGCUCCGGAACGUGUACGUGCGCCCCAUCCUGAUGGUCAGCUGGAUCCCGGUGAUCGGGGCGCUGUGCAUCAGCCAGAUCGCGGGAUUCGUGCUCUGCUCCUCCGUGGAGGACUUCCGAGGCUUCGCCAUCUUCUCCCCCAUAAUCAACGGGAUCGGGGGCAACCUCGUCUCCGUGCAGGCCAGUCACAUGGGCAGCGUGCUCUACCAGCGAUCCAGCCUGGGCACUCUGCCAGAGGAUUGCCGCAUCCUGGAGUGGCCCCAUCGCGUCUACCUGCGGGGUACCGUCUACUCCCGCGUGGUCAGAAUUCUAAUUGGUAUUUCUGUACCCGGCAACGUGGGGCUCGUCCUGCUGGCCGACUACCUGUACAUGUCCCACGUGUCCGUGAAGUGGACCUUCGUGGUCGCCUUCGUGCUGACCAGCCUGCUCCAGCUGCUGGUCCUACUGUGGCUGGCCCACGCCCUGGUGCACCUCCUCUGGCGGCGCAGGAUUGAUCCGGAUACCGCCGCCAUUCCGUACCUGACCGCUGUGGGCGAUGCCUUGGGCACCGGGCUGCUGGCGGUCAUGUUUCACCUGCUCCGGUUGGCGAACAAGGAGUACGAGCCCAACGCACUACCCUGGCUGAAGAUCAGGUACCUCAAAUGA